CCUCUGUCAUAUGCAUUUGGGAUCUGGUAUACGAUACUAUACAACAAUCACAGCAUGUAAUACCGUAGACUUGUGUACAUCUGUCACGUCAGAUGGUGUUAUUAUUGACAAAAGUCCACCAACACAAGGAAUAGUACUAGAUGGUGUAGAUUUGCAUGACUUGGAAUAUCAGUCAUUAAGAAAUUACAUUUCUGCAAAAUGGUAUGGAUUUACGGAUCCACAAUCAGGUAUCGACAGAUUUGUAUGGCGAGUCGGAACAAAACCAGGAUCAGAUGAUAUUGUAAAAUCCACACAUUUACCACGCUCUGAUGUCUUGGUGGAACCAGAUUUACUUCACAAACUUCCAACAGGACAGCGUAUUUAUGUAACGAUAAAAGCUUAUAAUAAAGCAGGACUAAGUACAGAAGCAAAUUCAAACGGUUUCUUCAUCGACGACACACCACCGUUAAUAAAGGUUAAACCUUACUUGUCAACAUAUUUAGGUUCAAUAAAAGACAAUUCUGUAGUAUUCAGAGGUACCAUACAAAUGCAUUGGGAGGUAGAAGACAAAGAAUCGUUUAUACAGCGUCAGUACCUCUCCAUUGCAUCACACAAAGGAGGGGAAUUCAAUACAUCUUCCACUGAGUUAAAUGGCAUUGUUAGAGAGUAUACAUUUUCACAACUUGAUUUACAUGAUGGUGGUAAUUAUACGGUAAAACUCAUCGUUUGUAAUGGUGCCAAAAUAUGUGUUGAAGCCGAAUCAAAAGGGAUUCUGAUUGACAGUUCUACACCAACUCCUGCGAGAUAUUCAAUCAUGUUGUUAUGA